CAUGCGCUGAAGAUACAAAAAAAAAAUAAAAUAAAAAAGGAGGGGCGGGGGGUAGAGCGGGAUACCCCUAGGCGUCGUCCUGGCCUCCAAAAACGAAAACCGUCGCCAUUGUUUGUAAGGUGUUCAGAGAGUGUAGACCCUAACUUCUACUUGUGAUUAACUGUUGAUAAAGAAUGGCUCGUACCAAACAGACUGCGCGUAAAUCUACUGGUGGUAAAGCUCCACGUAAGCAACUUGCAACCAAAGCUGCUCGUAAGAGUGCCCCUUCAACUGGUGGUGUGAAAAAGCCUCAUCGUUACAGGCCUGGUACUGUCGCUCUUCGUGAGAUUCGUCGUUAUCAAAAAUCGACCGAGUUACUCAUCCGCAAAUUGCCAUUCCAGCGCCUCGUCCGUGAGAUUGCGCAAGAUUUCAAAACUGAUUUGCGUUUCCAGAGUGCAGCAAUCGGCGCCUUGCAGGAGGCUUCGGAAGCUUACCUUGUCGGUCUCUUUGAAGACACGAACUUGUGCGCCAUUCACGCCAAGCGUGUCACAAUUAUGCCGAAGGAUAUCCAGCUUGCUCGGCGUAUUCGUGGAGAGCGUGCUUAAACAAGAUAUCAUCCUAUCUGACAAAACAACUACAGUUAAAUUUCCUUCCCUCCCCUAACGCAUCAUUUUUUACGCGAAGCAUUUUUUUUUUUUUCAUCGCCCCACCACUACCAAAAUUUUUAGAAUUUCAAAACUCGGAAAGGCCCCUUCAAAUAUAAAACAAUCAAAUCGAUUUUUUUUUUUUUUUCUCCUUUAACGUCAAUUCUUGUUCCGUUUCGAAUUCUUGGUCGCGCACCCGCCACGAUCUCAUUUACCGCACUUCAUUUUUUAAAAUCCGGUACGGAGGGAUUUUUGUUGUACGUUGAAAUAAAUUAAAAAACAAAACAAAACAAAGUAAAUCAGAUCGGAUAAGAUGGUCAUCGUUCCCUCAUCCUUUCAUUGUCUGUCACGCGAAGACAGCUCAAGAAUGAAAAUGGCAUUAAUUAUCAUCUUCGAAAAAUUAGAAACGGGAACGAAACGUAUGCUGAGCCGCUCCCUUUUUAGAUACUAUAUCCACAUCUUUCUAUCUAAGAAAAGACAAUUAGACCUAUUCUUCAUUGACUUUAUGUAACGCAUUUUUUUUUUCCUUCUAAUCGAAUGCCAGUUGUAUGUGUCUGUUCGGUGGAGGGAUUGUCUUUCCCUAAUGACAUCUCUGCAAAUUUCUUUUUUGUGUUCAAACUUGUGGGGUUUUCCUCUAUUCAACCUAUACCCCUCCCUCCCCCAGAAAAAAAAAAAGAAAAAAAAUAUCACUUAAUUUCAUUUCUCAGCAUCCCUUCGGCGUGUUUUGUGUACCCGUCGCGUUGGUACUAUCUAGAAUGUCGCUAUCUACUCAUUUAAUAAAUCUUUUUCUAAUACCUUUA